GGGGCGGGGAGGGAAGCCGAGGCUGGGUGCUCCAGGCCGGCCAGUGGUGGCGGCGGCGGCGGUGGCGAGGCCGGGACUCGGGCUGAGGGCCUGCUGUGGCGGCAGCGGCGGACUGCGACCUCAGCAGUUUCUCUGGAAACCCCCCUGGUAAGUGCAGAGGAGGCGGGACACUCUGACCCAAGACAAAGACCUGUAGCUCCAGCCAAAGAAAAUAAAGCCUAGGAAGGAAAGAAAGCAAGAAGCAAGAACUCGGUCAGCUGCUCCUCCCGCGGACAGCUCUCGGUGGGGUCUACAGAGGACAUUGAUGUGAGGCGUCCGACUGGAUGUGGACUGAAGGCAGGAAACUGAGAGCGCCUUGAGGGCCUGGACUGGGUUAGCAGCAGCUGAGCUUUGAGCGGUGAGGUGUCAAGAAGGGAAAAGUGAAUGUGGUCUGGAGUGUGGCUUUUGCUCCACAGGGUGUCUUUUCCUCUGGGGCCAUCAGGGAGCUCAGCCCCUGUGCUGUGCCAGGGUGGGGUACAGGGUCUCACACUGAGGAGGGUAACCUGCCGGCUGGAGUGGCAGAGCAGUGGCCUUGAUUUGUCUGGUUGAAGAUUUAAAAACAAAAAGGCAUAAGCAUUCUGGUCCUUCAGCAAUGCUUUCUCUGAAGAAAUACUUAACGGAAGGACUUCUCCAGUUCACCAUUCUGCUGAGUCUGAUUGGGGUUCGGGUGGACGUGGAUACUUACCUGACCUCACAACUCCCCCCACUCCGGGAGAUCAUCCUGGGGCCCAGCUCUGCCUAUACCCAGACCCAGUUCCACAACCUGAGGAAUACCUUGGAUGGCUAUGGUAUCCACCCCAAGAGCAUAGACCUGGACAAUUACUUCACUGCCCGGCGACUCCUCAGUCAGGUGAGGGCCCUGGAUAGGUUCCAGGUGCCUACCACUGAGGUAAAUGCUUGGCUGGUUCACCGGGACCCGGAGGGGUCUGUCUCUGGAAGCCAGCCCAACUCAGGCCUCGCCCUUGAGAGUUCCAGUGGCCUUCAAGACGUGACAGGCCCAGACAACGGGGUGAGAGAAAGCGAAACGGAGCAGGGAUUCAGUGACGAUUUGGAGGAUUUGGGGGCUGUGGCCCCUCCUGUCGGUGGAGACCUAACCAAAGAGGAUAUAGAUCUGAUUGACAUCCUUUGGCGACAGGAUAUUGAUCUGGGGGCUGGGCGUGAGGUUUUUGACUACAGUCAUCGCCAGAAGGAGCAGGAUGUGGAUAAGGAACUGCAAGAUGGAGGAGAACAAGAGGACACCUGGGCAGGCGAGGGCGCGGAAGCUCUGGCCCGAGACCUGCUAGUAGAUGGAGAGACUGGGGAGAGCUUCCCUGCACAGUUCCCUCCAGACGUUUCCAGCAUCACAGAAGCAGUGCCUAGUGAGAGUGAGUCUCCCGCCCUUCAGAACAGCCUUCUAUCUCCUCUUCUGACGGGGACAGAGUCACCAUUUGAUUUGGAACAGCAGUGGCAAGAUCUCAUGUCCAUCAUGGAAAUGCAGGCUAUGGAAGUGAAUACAUCAGCAAGUGAAAUUCUGUACAAUGCCCCUCCUGGAGACCCUCUUAGCACCAACUACAGCCUUGCGCCCAACACUCCUAUCAAUCAGAAUGUCAGCCUGCAUCAGGCAUCCCUGGGGGGCUGCAGCCAGGACUUCUCCCUCUUCAGCCCCGAGGUGGAGAACCUGCCUGUGGCCAGCAGCUCCACACUGCUUCCACUUGUCCCAAGCAACUCUACCAGCCUCAACUCCACCUUCGGCUCUACCAACCUAGCAGGGCUUUUCUUUCCAUCCCAGCUCAAUGGCACAGCCAAUGAUACAUCAGGCCCUGAGCUGCCUGACCCCCUGGGGGGCCUGUUAGAUGAAGCUAUGCUGGAUGAAAUCAGCCUGAUGGACCUGGCCAUUGAGGAGGGCUUCAACCCGGUGCAGGCCUCCCAGCUUGAGGAGGAGUUUGACUCUGACUCAGGCCUCUCCUUGGACUCCAGCCAUAGCCCUUCCUCCCUGAGCAGCUCGGAAGGCAGCUCUUCUUCCUCUUCCUCCUCUUCUUCUGCUUCCUCCUCUGCCUCUUCUUCCUUUUCUGAGGAAGGUGCUGUUGGUUACAGCUCUGAUUCUGAGACCCUAGAUCUAGAAGAGGCCGAAGGUGCAGUGGGCUACCAGCCAGAAUACUCCAAGUUCUGCCGCAUGAGCUACCAGGAUCCUUCUCAGCUCUCUUGCCUUCCCUACUUAGAGCAUGUGGGCCACAAUCACACGUACAAUAUGGCACCCAGUGCCCUUGACUCUGCUGAUCUACCACCACCCAGCACCCUCAAGAAAGGUAGCAAGGAAAAGCAGGCUGACUUCCUGGACAAGCAGAUGAGCCGAGAUGAGCACAGAGCCCGAGCCAUGAAGAUCCCGUUCACUAAUGACAAAAUCAUUAACCUGCCUGUAGAGGAAUUCAAUGAGCUGCUGUCCAAAUACCAGCUGAGCGAGGCUCAGCUGAGCCUCAUCCGGGACAUCCGGCGCAGGGGCAAGAACAAGAUGGCCGCACAGAACUGCCGCAAGCGCAAGCUGGACACCAUCUUGAACCUAGAACGUGAUGUGGAGGACUUGCAGCGAGACAAGGCCCGAUUGCUCCGAGAAAAGGUAGAGUUCCUGCGGUCACUGCGACAGAUGAAACAGAAGGUCCAGAGCUUAUACCAAGAAGUAUUUGGGCGGCUGCGGGAUGAGAAUGGGAGGCCCUACUCGCCCAGCCAGUAUGCACUGCAGUAUGCUGGGGAUGGCAGUGUCCUCCUCAUCCGUCGCACGAUGGCUGACCAGCAGGCCCGGCGACAGGAGAGAAAGCCAAAGGACCGGAGGAAGUGAGCCUGGGGAGGCAGGGGGUGGACGCUCACUAAGACCGAAACUGGAGAAGGGCUGGGCCUGGACCUAACAUUGGGGACUUAAAUGCCUUCUUAUCCAAUAUAUCUUCUCAGAUGGGAUGACUGCGGGUCAGUGCACAGAAGAGGCGGGCGCAGGCGCUGUCUGGCUUAGCUUCCCCACUGGGUGUGGGUGGAAAUGACCAGACUGUUUGAGGGAUUGGGGUCCCCAGCCUAUCUCCCUUCUUUCUCCUGAGGGAAGGGUGAUGUUGGCAUGCUGAAGGUAGAAGUGGCUGUGUGAAGGCUGACAGAGGGGAAAGGAGGACUUGGGAGAGCAGAGAAAGUAGUGGAACGUCUCAUUCCUGGAAGGAAAAAAGGAGGAAAUCCCCUAAAAUCAAAGCAGUCAGAAAAAUCAGAGGGACCGGUAAGGGCUUUGGCCGGUAUUCUAGGCAGUGAGUGUAAGUGACUUCAGUGGCCUAAGUAAAGUCACUGGUAUGGAAACGUGGAGCCGUGGAAGGGCCUUGUAACUGUUUCUUGAACUCUGUCAUCCCUGAAGAGGAAGAAACUCUUGGAUGGCACCUAUAAUGUUUUAGUUACUGAAACAGGAAGCUGUAGGGGACCCAACACUGACUUGUUUUCAGGCCGGAGGGGCGGAGGGCAUAGAAAAGUGAUAGUGAGGCCUGUGUUGCAGCAGCCCCAACAUCAAGCAUGUCACUCACUGCCUCCACAGCCACCUCCCUCUCUAGCCUCCCCAGAGCUGAGGCUCCCGAUGUCCUCACGAGAGCCUGCAUGGAAAUGCUGUACCCCACCCCCUCCUUUUGUAGUACCCACCCUCACUAGCUGCCUAUAGCUCUCUGGAGUGGGGUGCUAUCUGGCAGUACCCGGAACUUGGCCUACAGCUUCCUCUGCAGGGGCUAAACAGAAGCAAGGUGACGGUAUGGAGGGAGAAGCCAGCUCUGACCUCCAGGCCCUGUUCAGCACAACAUUGGGAAGAGGUUCUUCCCUCAGGGCCCUCUGCCUACAACACCUGGGCUUGUCACUGGGGGAAACAAAACCUAUAAACCCCAGCAACAAAACCUAGUCCUCUUAGAAUCUCUAGCGCUUUGAUUUUCUUAGGGCGUGUGCCCUGUUUCACUUAUAGGGCCUAGGAUGCUUGUGUUGAGUAAAAAGGAGAUGCCCCAAUAUUCAAAGCUGCUAAAUGUUCUCUUUGCCAUAAAGACUCCGUGUAACUGUGUAACACUUGGGAUUUUUCUCCUCUGUCCCGAGGUCUUGUCCUGUUUUCUUUUUUUGGGUUUCUUUCUAGGAAAAUGAGAAGUGCAUGAAGGGGCUGGAGAUUUUCUCCCCUAGGCUUCCAGCUUCAGGAAGUGCUUUACAGCCUGGAGGACGGACGGCCCUGGGAGGGGAGUGAAGGGCAGCUCCACGGUAGCCAGAAGGUUCCAGGACCAGUGUCUUUUUUUUUUUUUUUUGUAACUUUGCCACUGCCGAGCCCCUACCCCCCAUCCUGGUCAGCUCUGGAGUACUGUCUGCCCCCUAACUAGCAGGGGUGAGUCGGGGAAGCCCUCCUGUGCAAGGAGGGCUUUCCUAACCGAGAAUAGAGAUAGAAAGUGUGAGCCUGGGCGUGCUUUUUAUAAAUUAUUUUCCUCGUAGAUUUUAUUUUUAAUUUAUCUCUGUGACCUGCCAGGGAGAGGAGAGAAAGAGAAAUGCUGUGAGCACAUGACAAAAUAAAAUCAAAUAAAAUGGA